AGCACUUCGUUGACGCGUCAAAUAAGUUAAUACAUUAUUAAAAAUUCGAAAAAAGCAUCGAAUAUUUUAGUCAUUAUAAAAAGAUUAAAAUCAUAUAUCACAAAAGAAGUGGAAUACAAGUGUACUGUUGCCCAUAAGUAUAUCGAAUGAAUUACGUGUAUGUUUUCUGCUUUUUUCAUCUGUACAUAAAUUUUGACAAAGUCAAUUGUAAACUAUGUGCAAAAGAAACAUUUACAUAACAUGUUACCAUGCGCACAUAGGUAUUUUUGUUGCAAUAUAACAGUUAGUACGGGUAUACAGUAACAACAGUUCAAGAACAUUUUACAGUUAAUUUUUUACAUUUUGGUGAUUCACCAAUUUUAUAUAUUGUAAAAUACUUCUAAAGCGAUAUGCAAAUAUAAUAAAGAAUGAGCUGGUUUGAUGCCACUGGAUUUGCCAAUUUGGCUAAGUCCGCACUAAAAGAAGCUCAAAAGACAAUUGAUAAAGCAUUAGAUAUUAAAGAUGAGGAUCAGAAAUCGUUGGAAAGCCACACAGAAGAUACUACAGAUUUUUUUGCAUCAUGGGGGAUAAAGAGUGAUGUUCAUCAUAAUGUACAACCACAUCAUGAAAAACCUAAAGCACCUAAACAAGAAGCCACAAGCAGUAUAUGGGGCAGUUUUACUGGAUCAUUUUUUGAAUCACCUAAAUUUAAUGAACCAGAACAAAAUGCUAAAGCUAUUAUCCAUUCUAAGUCUUUGCAAAGUACACCCACUGAAAGUAUCAAAAAGCUUGUAUCUUCGUCAUCAUUCUCAGAAGAUUAUAAAAGUAAACCAUCGAGUCCCAAGAAAAAGUGUAAACAAGCAAAAAAUUACAAAGAAAAGAAUACUAAUGAUCAGAUCGAAAAUGUUCCUAGCCAAGAUGUUUCGGAUACAUCUGAUUUCAAUGAAUUAAAGCAACUUCCUCCAACUGAAACAAUUGAUACAAGUACAACUUUUGACAAAGAUGACAGGAUUAAUGAUUGUCCUAAAAUAAUCGAAUAUUCUUCGGAGGAAAAGAAAGAUACUGAUGUUAAGGAGGAAGAUGAAAAAUUAGAAUGUGAAAAAAAAGAAACUUGUGAGCAUGAUUUAGAUUCACCUGUCUCUACAUCAAAUAAAUUAUCUUUUGUAUCUCCAGAAAAUGAUAAAAAGAGUUCAGAGAGCAUCGAAAUUCUGGGUUCUCGAUCUAAUACUGAUUGUACUACAACUCCCGAAUUGGAUGGUAGCCCAUCUGCAAAGGGUACCAAAGUUAAUUCAGAGUCGAUAGAAGUAUUACCAGACAGUAUGGUUACAUCUCCAAGUUCUGGAGUGGAAGUAUUAGAAGAUUGGAAAAGUGAUACUAGCCCUUAUUUAUCUCCCAUGGAGCAAAGACACUCUGAUUCGUCGUCUAUUUUAGAUAGGGAUGAUACAGUGACCCCCUGCUGGGAUGAUAUCAAUGUCCCACAGAUUAUGAAUAAAGAAAAUGAAAUAAAUCCAUCACCUUCUGAUAUUUCUCCGUAUGAACCUCCGAUGGAGAAAAUCAAAACGUCACACGAAAAUUUAUGUAUGAGCAGUAUGGAUAGCACACCAUCGACAGAUAUAUAUCAAGGUCUUGGAUCACAUUUAUACAAAAGUGUAUCCAGUAACCAUUCAAUAAAAGCUUCACCAGAAAGCAUAGAAGUAAUACCUUACACUGAUGAUGAGAGAGAUGAAACAAAUUUGGCAGAGGAUUCUUAUACUUCUGCAUCAGAAAGUACAAUUGUAACAAUGCUAGAAAUGCAUCAGCAGAAGGAUCAAACGAAUAACGAAAUGGAAACUUCUAGUAGUAUUUCAGUAAGUGAAAAAAUGCAGGAUUCGAGUUCAGAUGAUAAGUUAACAUUGAAAAAAGCUAGCACAGAUACAAGACUAAAUUUGAAUCUAGAUUCUGUAACCGAAAAGCAUAAUUUACAUUUGCCGAUUGAAGCAAUUACAACGCAACCGAUUCGUAAGCCAGAAUAUUUUGAUGGAGCAGGUCAAAUAUCCAAGCCCGAUCGAAAAAGUUUCGAUCGGUUAAUGAAUUCAACUAUAGAACCUGCAGAAACAGAAUGUUAUUCUACCAGCGAAAUUAUUCAUCCGUUUAAAUCAGAAAUGGCAGAAAUUUCAGAUCAGCAUUUGAUUUCAACAGACUCAAGUUGUGAAGGAACCUUGAUAGGGAGUUCAGAAGAAAAUCCACAGUAUAAAUCAGAAGAAAGAAUUUUACAAGCACCUUUAAACUCUAGUUCUUACGUAAAGACAAUGUUAGAAGAUGCGAUGAUCGAAAAAGCAGGUGAAAUCGAAACAGAAGUACAAGGCACGGAAAUGCCUCGAGAAAAUUCACCUAUUUCAUCAGAAAGUCGGUCCGAUCUAAUUAAAAUUGGUUCAGAUCAAACCAGUGGUCACACUAGUGGUGAUGAAUUAGAAACCACUACUUCUAGCGAUAUCGAAGUUAUAUCCAGGUACAGUCCAAAUGGUGAUUCGAGUUCGACACAAUCGCGACAGAAAUUGCAAUCAACAAGAGGUUGUGAUCUUUUAAUGAGAACAUUAAAAACUAAAGGACAUUCGAGGGAAUUGAGCGAAAUCAGCGUAGGAUCUGAUGAAAUGAACGUUGAGAUAGAAAAAUUAUUGAAACGUAUACAAGAGAUGACGGAAAUAUUAGAAGCUAGGGAAUCGAAGCUCAUCGAUGUUAGUAGAAUGAAUAUGGAAUUACACGAACAAAAUAAUAAUUUAAAGAAGCAACUUGAUAACUUUGAAAAACACGCAGAACAGAGCCAAAGCAUAAAUCAAAUCACUGACGAAUAUACACAACGAUUAUCUGCCUUAGAAAGAAAAUUUCAGCAAGCAAUACGAGAACGAGAUUCACUAAGAAAGAAUUUAGAACAGUUAAAAGUAGAAGCAGCUACGCGUCUAUCGUCUCAAGAACUGUCUACUCUGAAUGCCGAGAAAGAUGAAAUUAUUAAGGAACUUCGAGAUGAAGGUGAAAAAUUAAGUAAACAGCAGCUUCAACACAGUAACAUUAUCAAGAAAUUGCGAGUUAAAGAAAAAGAAAAUGAUGCCUUAAUAAAAAGUCAAAAAGAGCAAAUAGAAGAACAAACCUCAGAAUUAGAACGUUUAAAAAGAUCAUUGCGUGCGAAAGAGGAAGUUGAAUUAUCUCAGAUAGAUGCUGUUUACUCGUUAACUGCACGAACAAAAACAUUGGAAAAAGAAGUAGCAACGUUACAAAAGCAAUUAGAAAAUGCGAUACAAAAUGCAGAAACAUAUAAAAAGAAUUUAGAUACUACAAAAACGGAGCUAUCUGAAACGAAGAAAAUUUUGACUGCGACAGAAUCAGAGUUAAAGGAAGCAACGACUAAUGCUGGAGAAUCAUGUCAAUUACUUGUGCAAGUAGAAGAAUUGAAAAUCAAAUUAAGGGAAUCUGAGGAAACGCAUGUCAAAAAGGAAGAAUUUUUGAAACACGAAAAUAGCGAAUUACUAAAGCGCUUAGAAGCUGCUGAAGCUAGAAGUGAGGAACUUUCAGAAUCUGUAUCAACGGCCACAAAACCUUUACUGAGACAACUGGAACAGCUCCAAGCAAAUUUGUUACACAAAACUAAUAGUUUUAUGAAACAAGAGAAAACAUUGUCAGACAAAAAUAUCGAGUUGCAAACAAAAAUAGAAAAUUUAUUCGAAACAGAUCGUUAUCUUAAGGAAGAGAAUGUUAAUUUAAAAUCUAAAAUGUCUCAAUUAGAAGCUAAGCUUGCUGCGAAAGAAAACGAAAGAAUGCGGUUACAAGAAUUGUAUGAUGAGUUGGUAAUACAAAAGGAUAAGCUUGCUGAACAAAAUAUGAGGCAACGACAAACGAUAGAAAGCCUUGAUCAAUCUCAUACUUCGGAAAUAAUGGAGUUAAAACGAGAAAUUAUUGCGUUAGAGAAUAAAUUAUCUAUAGAAAAAGCAGCUACAGACGCAGAAAGAAGGAAAAAUCAUGCAAUGUCAGAACAACAACAAAAUAUUGAAGACAACGAACGACUUAGUCCUACCCCUAGCACAGAACAAGAUUCUGCGAAUACCAUAGAUAGUAUUUGGCCGUUGUACAAUUCUACUGCCGAAAACAAAGCUGAAAGCUAUACAAUGACGUUCGACACUAUCAGAGCGGGUUCUAGUAGUACUUCUAUAUUUGAAAAUUUACAAGCUCAGUUGAAGCAAAAGGAUGGCGAAAUACAACAACUUCAGUGGGAGUUAUCACGGCGUAAUAUAGAAAGAGACGUGUUAAAUUCAGAGUUAUCUACAUUAACCUUGAAGAUCGAAGAAUUAAAUGUUAAGGUUAUGGAUGUUGCGGUUUUAAACGAAAGUUUACGAGAAAUACAAACUAGAUAUGAUGCGUUAUUACAAAUGUACGGUGAAAAAAUGGAAGAGAAUCAGGAACUACGUUUGGACCUACAAGAUGUCAAAGAGAUGUACAAAACACAAAUUGAUCAGCUUUUGAAGCGAGAUGCCUGAAGCUUUUUAUAAAUAAAAUUUGUUUAUUGGUUGAUUCAAUAUUAUAGAUAUAGAACCAUAACAUAAUUAACAAUUUACGAUGAUAUAGAUUCGGCGAUAAGUUUGCCAACGAUACUAUACAUGAUACAGCAACGAAGUUGCUGAAGCCGUUUAAAAAAGAUAAAACGUAGCAAGAGACUGAUGUGAAAUUAUUUCAAGAGAUUUGAAAUUCCACGGAGUAAAAAAAUGAAAUUUUGUUUAUACGUGUUUUACAUGGAAUGCUUAUGGAAAAUUGGAGACCUUUGUUUUGAUAAAUUUUGCAGACAAUUCAUUGCUCUAGAAUUCCAAUAAUUAAUAAUCAUGUUAGUUUACAAACUAACGCUAUGUAAAAUUCCAAUAUAUGCAAUGUAAAAUUUUACGUGUAUCGCCAUGGUCACCGUGGUCGAUUCUUUGAUUAGUCGUUGGAAUUAAUCACUGUGCAUGCAUUCAUGUACAUUGUAUACAGAUAGACUAAGGAAAACAACGUGAUAUAAGAUGUAAUAUAAUUUUAAAGUUUUCGAUAUUGUAAUAUAGAAUUGAAUUACGAUGUAAUUUAUUAAAAAAAAAUUUAUUGUGUUCCUUUAUUGAAAGUUGUAUUCUUUGUGGUUUCACUGAUACAAUGAUGGUUUACAAUCUCGACAGAAACAGGGAGAAGGGAGGUAAGAAUAAAAAUGUACAGUAUAUAUUAUGGGAGAUUCUAGGGAACAGAAAUAGAACAAAGUAAAAGGAACAGAAAUGAUUAGAAAAAAUAGCUUUGAAAAAAUCCCAAACAUAAUGACAUAUAUAAUCAAGAAUGACAGAAUAGAAAAGAUCAUAAUGUACCUUAGAGGUUUAAAGUAAAUGAAUAGUAGACGUGAUUGUUUCUCAAAAGUGUAAUUAAACCAAAGGGAAUACAUCUUUUUCAUAAUUUUUAUACAUACCGUAAACUUUAUUGGUUAUAAAGUGCGACCUUCUUUUCCUCCCCCUUUCCCUC